UUGGGAAUCACUUUAGGCGGCAUGCACAUUAACACGGAGCAGGUGAAAACGCAGGCGGCUGCCAACGUGCUGCUAACGAGCGUGGUCGUCUAUUUCCCGCUCUUUCUGGUCCUAGUUCUCCUGUACGAGACACUACGCCCUCGUUUGCCACAUGUGUACUCGCCCGAAAACCACGCUGACUUCCCCGAGUCCAAGCAGCGUAAGUUCCUCGGCUGGGUGCCCUUCCUGUGGCGCAUCGACGAGGCCCAGGUGGCUGAAAAAUGCGGCCUGGACGCCUGGGUACUUCUGCGCUUUAUGAAGAUGGGGCGCAAGGUGGCGCUGUUGUGCGUCAUGUGCUCGCUCGCUCUGUUCCCCAUGUAUUUCUUCACGUCGGCGGUGUUCAAGGAGCAGGAGAAGCAGCGUCGCCAUUUGAGUGACCUGUUACCUUCGCGAGGGAGGGAAACUAAUGAUUCUGUCGCUGCCAUCACUUCUAUGAUGAUGAUCAUGCUAAACGAGCAAAUAGAAACUGGAAAUGGCACAGCCAACAUCCUGUCCUCGGACGGCAAAGUAAAGCUGGACGUUGUGGACAGACUCACUAUUGCCAAUGUUGGUAAAGACGACUGGAGACUCUUCUUUACGGUGCUAGUUUCCUACAUGAUCAGCAUUUACGUAAUGCGAUUGCUGCUGAAUGAAUACACGAUCUACCGCAAGCGUCGUCAUGAGUUCCUCAUGCGCAAACACCCGCAGCAGUACAGCAUUGUCAUCUCGGAUCUCCCUCAGUCACAACGUCGACCGCAGACGUUGCAGGCGUACCUGGACUUCCUGUUCCCCAACUCAGUGCACUCGGUCUACAUUGGCGUAGAGUGUGCGGAGCUGGAAGAACUUUUGGACAAACGUCAGGAACUCGUGUACCACCUUUAUGCUGCGAGUGUCAAACUAAAUGAGGCAAAGACCAAGGCCGGAGACCAUGAUUUGAUCAAGCGACCGAAAGAGUUGAUUGGCCUUCGUUUCUUCGGGCUCUGUGGUGGUGGCAAGGAGGUCGAUGCUGUUGAGCACUACACCGAGGAGAUGCAGAAGCUUGAAGCCGAGAUCGCCCGCGUUCGGGACGAGAUUCUGCAGCGCCAGUCAGCAGAGAAGGCCAAGGAAGUCACCAGUAAUAAGGACUACGGAUCGGCAAGUAUCGCUGCGCCGCGGGGUCUUUCUGGUCUGAGUGAGCUGGUCGAGAAGCUGCGGAGGACGAAAACUUUAAUGGGUGAUAGUAGAUGGGGUGAAGAGACUCUGCCGUUGCUUCACGUCAGCGUGCCCGUACCGAAGCGUCCCAAUGUCAUGCGUAGCUGCGCGUUUGUGAGCUUUCGCAGUAUUCGAUCUGCGCAGGCAGCACAGCAACUGCUUCAGGUUGAGAACCCGCGCCGUAUGGUUGUCCUGCCUGCACCUAACAUUCGUGAUGUCCAAUGGAAGAACUUUGGUCUGCCGCACAAGCUCAAAGCAAAGUGGAAACUUAUUUCUAUGGGUGUUUCUCUAUUGAUUGGAUGCUUCUGGACUGUGCCGACGGCUUUUGUCGCUUCAAUGGCUAGUGUCGACGAGCUCCAGCAUAUGUUCCCGUGGCUUGGUGGCUUUCUCGAAAAAAAUCCAUGGCUAUUAGUUGCUCUCCAGCAGACGGCACCGCUGGUCUAUUCGGCAAUGAAUGGGCUAGCGAAUGUGAUUUUUAAGCUUCUAUCCACCCUAGAGGGACAUUUGUCCAUCUCGGAGGUUGAAGCCAGUCGCUUCACCAAAUUGUGCUUUUUCCAAGCCUUCCAGAUGUUCUUCGUGUCGGCACUUGCGGGAUCCAUCAUCACAGAGUUCAUGUUUUUCUUGGAUCAGCCGCGCAUGCUUUUCUUCUUUCUGGGUAACACUAUCGCAAACCAGUCCAUGAUGUUCAUCACUUUCAUCAUCACACAGUUCUGUGUCGACAUGUCGCUAUUCCUGCUGCGUGUAUCGCCCGUGGCCAUUUCGACUGCGUAUCAUUUCUUGGCCCCAAUGCAUGCGAAACUGCCGAAGCCUCGAGACUGGAUGGGGUUAUGCCCCGUCAACUACCAGACCGAUCUUGACACCCCGAUGAAUUUGGCCCAGCAAUAUCUAGUGUUCUUGUUCGUUGUGGUGUUUGCCCCCAUUGCGCCACUUGUGGGGUACUUUGGUGCGAUGUUCUUUGUGGUGUCCGAGCAAUCGUACAAGCGUUGCUUCUUCUUUGUCAACAGCACACGUUGGGCAACGACUAACUCGAUGGGGGUCUUUUGGCCACCGCUGUAUUCGUUCGUGAUCGGUGCACUCAUCAUUGGCCAGUGCACGCUCAUUGGAUUGCUAUCGUUGAAGUCGGCUGGAUACGGCCCAAUCGUGCUCACGGGAUUGCUACCCUUCAUCACGCUUAUCUUCCACUGGUAUGCUGUCGAUCUAUCCCACCUCAAGCGUGCUGCUGAGAACCUACCGCUAGACCAGUGCUGUGACGUUGACGAGGAGCGUAAGGAUGACUCAUUUGAUUUCUUGGAUGGUGUCUACCAGCAACCAGCCAUGAUCGAAGCGUUCCAGGCGGCUUCGAUUUUCGCCCGUGACCCGGAAAGUGGUGCCGGUGCCGCUAUUGAUGCCACCAACUUGCAAGAAGAACCCGUCGUUGAGCCACUGAACCAGCCAGCGAAACCUGUUAGCCAGCAAAUUCGUUUGGCGGAACUCAACAAGGAUAAGAGAGAUGGGGACAAGCAGACCGCAUAA